AUGGCCACUGAGGCUGGUCUUAUUGUUCUGGACGUCCUCAAUUUGAUGUGCAACACUUUCCGAAAGGACUUGGAAGUAGGAAAGCCCUCAAAUCCCAUCUUUCAAGGUAUACUUGACGUCUAUGUCUGUCUACUCUCGACCGGCCAGUCGGAGCGUCUCCUUAAGCACACUUUCGCCUCACUUCGCGUCUUCAUUUCUCGUUUCUCAAAGGUACUCUUCUCAGAGACCACAGAAGCAUUGGCUCAGAUCUGCAUGGCAGGGCUGCGUACCUCAAAUCUUAAUCUUCUUCCCUGCACUAUUGAAGAGGACAGUCAAUCGCCCACCCCUCCCACUCCCGUCAUUUGCACCACUGGCACUGCUCUGUCAUCCCACAGUAGUCGUUGUGCCUUCGAUCAAGCCAGCGCAUCCCAUGUGGGCAUCCUGCGACUGGAGGCCUGUGGCCUCAUCUACCGCAUGUGGCGGGCCAGUUUUGAGGUCUUUGGAUCCAAGGGAUUCAAGAGGGUGCAUUUGCAGAUGAUCAUCUCGCUCUCCAAGCUGGUCGGAGACAUUGGUCCAGAGUUCGAAGCCAGUUUGAGUCUCCUUCAUAGCCUCGCAGAAAUGGAUAUCCAGCGCAGCGGUAAUGCUGGUAGCAUUGAACCAACUUACAGCCGCUCGAUAAGUCAGGGUGCCUCUCUGCAGGCCCCACUUCGCGGUCCAACUGCUGGAGCAUUCAUGGAGGGCAUUGAGGAUCUUAUCAAGCGAAUUCGCACUGUACUCACUGCCACUGAGGAGAUGCGACGGUAUGGUAACGAUCUCUACCGCAAAAUUGACCUUCAGUACUCUCUGGCUAAGUCGUAUGCCAGUAAUCCUGUUCUGCGACGGACAUGGCUAGAAAAGCUGGCUGAGUUGCAUUUGGCCUCGAAGAAUAUGGCUGAAGUGGCUAUGGCCAAGUUGCACAUUGCCGCUCUCAUGGCUGAGUAUCUCAAUAGGCGGGGUGAAUUUCCUGAAGGAUGUGAUGCCUUCUGUAAAGUCUCUGCGAAUAUUCGACUAGAAGAGGGCUCUCCACUCUGUGACCCAGCAAUCAUUGAACUGUCCUACAACCAGGAGGACCUCCUGCGCGAUGUAUCAGACGCGGCGACAGCAUUGGAGGCAGCAGGCUUGUUUGAAGCGCUUCAACCGGUUUAUGCGCUUAUCACACCAGUGUAUGAGGCGCGACGUGACUACAUGGCGUUGGCACGCAUCUACCAUCAUCUUGGUCGUGCCUACGAGAAUACGGCACGGGCUGAGGCCUCUGGACAGCGUCUGUUUGCCUCUUACUUCCGAGUUGCCUUCUUUGGAAAGGGCUUCGAAAGUCUCGCUGGAAAGUCCUACAUCUACCGGACGGAGGCAUGGCAAAAGAUCAAUGUGUUUCUGGAGAAUCAGGUUCACAUCCAUGAAGAGCGUCUUGGUGCUGGGCGCGUGGAGAAGCUGGUUGAAAAUUAUAUUGAUCUCUCUCGACUCUCACCUGGAAAAUCCUACAUCCAAGUUACUUUCGUGGAACCGUAUAUGCCUACAGACACCACUACUCACUGCACAUCCUUUGACCUCCACCACGAUGUCCGUGAAUUCUUCUUUGAAACCCCCUUCAUAAUGCACCCAGGUAUGUCCACGGACGCGUGUCUCCUUUACCCCGGACCGAAGCAGACGGAGGAUCUGACUGCGCAAUGGAAACGACGCACGAUAGUGACCACAGAGGCUGUGUUUCCGCAUCUUCGCUCACGUCUAGAAAUAGUUUCUAGCCGUGAUGUCGACCUGUCCCCCUUGGACGCUGCAAUCGACGCGAUUCAGGUGAAGGUGCGAGAAUUGACUGCCCACAUUCCAUGUGCGCCUCAGGAAACGGCAAAUGUUUCGGCUCUCCAUCUUUCAACAACAAAGAAUCAACGAGGAGUGUGCGUGACAACUGGUGCAACUCCAGUGGGCGACAUCGGUGAAAGCUGGGCUGAGACAACUGCCAAGGGGGAACGUAGAGUGCCUCUGUUGCUCGAUAUGCAGUUGCAAGGUGCUCUUCUGCCUACUGUGAAUCAGGGACCGAUGGCUUACGCUCACGCCUUUCUCGCCGCCUCGCGGUCCCAAUUGCACCCGCCCGAGAAGAUUGGUAGACUCAAACGUCUCUUCUUUGAUUUUCUCACUGCCUGCCUGGUGCUUCUAACCCGCUACCGAUCGCUGAUGCUGCGUGUGCAUCCUGAGAAGUACAAUGCCUUGCGUGAUGCCUUUGACCGAUAUCGGGUGGAUUUGAGCAACCUUCUCAACGAAGAGGUUAGUUGUAAACUCCUUGUUUUGCGCAAUUGA